AUGAGGACGCGUUCUCAGUCCAUUUUUUCAUUCUCCUGCUCACUCUUUACACUUCUGGUAGCUAUCGCUACAUUGGUUCAUUUAAGCAGUGCAGGAAAGUCUGCGUCAAGCACUGGUGACUCGGUACUGGUCAUCCUCGAGCCGGCAAAGAAGGCAGAGUACAGUAUAUUUCUUAACGGACUUGAAGACAAGGGGUACACGGUGACAAUUCGUGCACCCAAGGAGGAACAACCAUUACUUAUUGAAGCCGGUCUACCAAACUUUUCGCAUGUAGUCUUAUUAGCCUCUGACACCAAAAAUUUCGCGAAAGAUAUCAGUCCACAAGCCCUCGUCCAACUUCUCUCCCUUGGCACAAACCUCGUUCUAACUCUCGGUUUGAAACAAAACUUGCUUACGUCCCUCGCUCCAGAGUUCUCUCUGCUUCUCCCACCACCGGCAACCCCACUAGUCAGCUUUUUCCCAGAGCGCUCUGACUCUCCAAGUAUUAUCCCAAUCGACGUAUCCCACCAAUCUAUUCCCAACGACACGUUCUCCGUCUUGUCUUCUCAGGUAACUGGAAAAGUGUGGUUUUCUGGGACAGCGUUCGCAUUGAACUCUAACCCUCUCCUCUUUCCUAUUCUCCAUGCCCCACUCGAAAGUUUCGCUGCCGAUUUAAGUGACGCUAGCGGUCGGGUGUCUGACGCGCUUGCCGAUGCAUCUGAAAAAGGCGGGGAAGGCCUGUGGGCCGGCUCCUCUCUCUCCGUCGUUGCUGGAUUCCAGACUCUCAUUGGCGGAGGCACCGGCCAUGGUGCUGACGCUGGUCUAGGAGAAGACAAUCAAGCCCGUGCGGUCUGGGUUGGCGGAUCAUCUCUCUUCUCCGAUGAGUUUGCCACUAAGAAGGUCGUCGAAAAGGUUCAACAGGAGCGAGGGAUGAAGGUCGUGGAAAACCCCUCAGGAAACACGCAGGCUGCUUUGGAGAUUGCAGGCUGGGCAUUCCAGGAGAGAGGAGUGCUGAGGAUCGAUGAGGUUACUCAUCACAAAGUCAACCAGACGGGACCGGUAGAGAUGUAUACUAACAACGAUGAGAUUGUCUACACCACCCGUAUCUCCUCGUUCAAUCCUUCAACUAAAAAAUGGGAACCUUAUUUGGGAUUGAAGGAUUUGCAGCUUGAAUUCACAAUGCUUGACCCUCACGUUCGGAUUGCACUGCCUCCCGUUAGUGGAAAAUCAGGUGUAUACUCAACAACGUUCCGUGCUCCAGACCGACACGGCGUGUUCAAAUUCGUCAUCUCUUACAAACGCAAGGGCUUUACCCACUUACUUCACACACUAAGUAUUCCCGUAGUCCCACCACGACACGAUGGAUACCCUAGAUUCUUGAGCGCUGCGUGGCCUUAUUAUGCAGGUGCAAUAAGUACGAGCGUUGGGUUCCUCGUGUUUUGCGCGAUCUACAUAGCUGGAGAGGCCAAGGAAGAGAAGAGGAGUAAAAAGGAAUAG